AUGGCGUGGAGGUGCAGCGGAGACACUAACUCAGCUCUUAUUGAUAACAUGUGGAAGAAUGGUCUCAUCACCGACCCUCGAGUGAAAGAAGCAUUCCUCAAGGUUGACCGAGCACACUACGCUCCAGCAAUGCCAUAUGAAGAUUCACCCCAGCCUAUCGGCUACUCCGCAACUAUAUCCGCACCCCACAUGCACGCCUCAGCCAUCGAGCAUGUUCUCAGCUACCUUCUCCCCUCAUCAACAUCGCCGGCACCUCGGGUCCUCGAUAUCGGUUCUGGAUCUGGGUAUCUCACUCACGUUAUGGCUGAACUUGUCGGUGAGAAGGGCCUUGUCGUUGGUCUUGAGCACAUUCGUCAGCUUAAAGAACUUGGUGAGAAAAACAUGUCGAAGAGUGUGGAGGGAAGAAGAUUGCUGGAGAGUGGCAAGGUGAGAUUUAGGUUUGGUGAUGGGAGGAAAGGAUGGGUUGAGGAACCGAGAGAGGGAGAGAAGAAUGAGGGGACGGGGUGGGAUGUUAUUCAUGUCGGGGCUUCGGCGGUGGAGAUUCAUCCUGAGUUGCUGGAGCAGUUAAAGGCUCCUGGAUGUAUGUUCAUCCCAGUUGAUGAUGACAAGAUGGGGUAUAAUCAGCAUGUUUGGAGAAUUGAGAAGGAUGGGAAUGGAGAGAUCACGAAGAAGAAGCUGUUUGGAGUCCGCUAUGUGCCGUUGACUGAGGCACCGAAGGCGUAG